AUGGCAACAGUCGCUGCCACUGGCGCUGGCACCACCAGCAAGCCGCCGCCGCCGCAGUUUCAUGGACACUUCAGUGUUUUCAGGGAGCCCCUGAAGGGGCCGGGGCCGGGCCCGGCGGGGCUGCCCGGGCUGCUGGUCACGCCGCCCAACUCCCCGGUGCUGGAGUACUUCCCGGCCGGGGCCCCUCCCGAGGACUGCAAGCCCAAGCGUGGUCGCCGUUCGUGGGCACGCAAGCGGACGGCCACGCACAACUGUGAAUACCCGGGCUGCGGCAAGACCUACACCAAGAGCUCCCACCUCAAGGCGCACAUGCGGACCCACACGGGCGAGAAGCCCUACCACUGCACCUGGGAAGGCUGUGGCUGGAAAUUUGCCCGCUCCGAUGAGCUGACCCGCCACUACCGCAAGCACACGGGGCACCGGCCCUUCCAGUGCCACCUCUGCGAGCGGGCUUUCUCCCGCUCCGACCACCUUGCCCUCCACAUGAAGCGGCACAUGUGA